AUGUUUGGACUGAAUGCAAGUGCGUUGGCGCUCGUUUUAGGGUUUUCGUCUGUGUUUCGUUCCGGCGCGACAGCUCCAUCCACUUGCUUUCACCCGGACGCUUGUGAGGAUAUCUAUGCACGCGACAAUGGCGCAUACUCCUACACUGGGCCUUACAGCACUGGCGGUGUGGCCUGGGCCAAUGGUUUCGCCAAAGCCAAAACGCUCGUCGACCAAAUGACGAUCGAGGAGAAAGCCAAUGUUUCCACGGGAUUCACGGGGGCGUGCGCAGGCUUCACAGGCACUGCGCCUCGCAUUGGACUCAAGGCACUCUGCCUCCAAGAUGGACCUACUGGUGUGCGCCCUGCUCGCCGCGUUUCGCAGUUCCCGCCUGGUGUCUCCACCGCUGCCACCUGGGACCGUGAGCUCUUUGCAAAAAGGGCCGAGGCCAUCGCCGAGGAGUUUCGCGAAAAGGGCGUCAAUAUUUGGCUUGGCCCGGUUACUGGAGGCCCACUCGGCCGCGCCCCUCGAGGCGGAAGAAACUGGGAAGGCUGGAGUCCAGACGAGUACUUGUCAGGUGUGGCCUCGUACCUCACCGUCAAGCACGCCCAAGAGAAAGGUGUCGUCACAAGCGCCAAGCACUACAUUGCCUACGAACAAGAGACAUUCCGUAACCCGUACAACUUCUCGGAACCGUAUCAGGUCUACCCACUUCUGCAGCAGAAGCCCGUCGACUCGAUCGUGGAUGACCGCACCACGCACGAGGUGUACCUUUGGUCGUUUGCUGAGGCUGUCCGCGCCGGAACAGGUACGAUAAUGUGUGGCUACAACCGAAUGAAUGGAACUCACGCAUGCCAAGACGACUACUCGCUCAACCACUUGCUCAAGGAGGAGCUCAACUUUCAGGGCGCUGUCAUCUCGGACUGGGGAGCAACUUGGUCCGACCAAGAGUCGGUUUUGGGUGGAUUGGACAUGUCGAUGCCAGGUUCGGCCUACGAUGGCAUGUUCGGUGACUUUUACGGCGACUCUCUAGUGGCGCUAGUCCAAAAUGGGUCGGUACCUGAAGCUAGACUCGACGACAUGGUUCUGCGUAUUCUCGCUCCUGCGUUUGAGCUGCAAAACGAAUCCUACCCCAAAACAUCGUUCGACGUCCGUGAUUUGACGCUUCCAACCAACAAUGUUCGCGCCAAUCAUCACGAGAUCAUCCACCAAAUCGGCGCCGAAUCGAUCACGCUCGUCAAGAACAACAAUGCAGAUGGUCGUGGUCUCCCUCUUAACAGUCCGGACGAGCUGCAGACGAUUGGCAUCAUCGGUCAAGAUGCAGGUGACAACCUCUAUGGUGCUACUAGCUGUGAUGAGUUUGGAAGAUGCAACAUGGACGCCUUCAACGGUACGUUGACGAUCGGCGGUGGUUCGGGAUGGGUUCUCCCGCCGUACGUCAUUACUCCUGCUGCUGCUAUCCAGGAGUACGUUCGAGCGAGUGGUCCGGAUAUCAACCUGCACCUCGAUAACUGGGACCUUGACGGAGCCAAGGCGCGUGCCAACUCGAGUGAUGCAGCGCUUGUCUUCACCAAUGCAUUCGCUACCGAGACCAACGAUCGUCAGAACCUGACUCUCUGGGGCAACAGCGACCAGCUUAUCAAGACUGUAGCCAGCAACAAUAACAACACGAUCGUCAUCAUCCACAGCCCUGGUCAGGUUGAUGUCGAGCAGUGGAUCGACCACCCGAACGUCACCGCUGUUGUGUUUGCCUAUCUGCCUGGUCAGGAAGGUGGUGCCUCGCUGCCUAAGAUGCUCUGGGGCGAGACGAGCCCAAGUGGCAAGUUGCCUUUCACCAUCGCCAGGAAGCAAAGCGAUUACCCACCCAACACUAUUGUCGAUGAUCCAGUACGCACCCCGUCGGCUCCAUUCACCGAGAAAUUGCUCAUCGACUACAAAUGGUUCGACUACCACAACAUCACUCCUUGCUUUGCCUUCGGCCACGGACUUUCUUACACCUCUUUCAAGUACUCUGACUCGAUCACUGUCACGUCUACGCCAAAGCCAGAUGAGACGUCGAUCCAGCCAACCAAGGAGAAACUUAUCAACAGCCAAGCUGCACUCUACGAUAUCGCGUUGACGCUCGAGACCGAGGUAACAAACAGCGGUGAAAAGGCUGCUGCCGAGGUGGUUCAGCUGUACGUCAGCUUCCCUGCGUCUGCCGAGUCGCGCGAGAACCCACGCCCCGUCAAGACACUGCGAGGAUUCGAAAAGAUCAAAGACGUCCAGCCAGGGGAGACGAGAAAGGUCAGCUUCGAGCUGAGGAACAAGGACAUCGCUGUUUGGUCCACCGUGAACCAGGGAUGGAUCAUUCCACAAGGUGAAAGUUUGACUUUUAGCGUUGGAUCGAGCAGCCGAAACAUCCACUCCACCGCCUCCUGGGUGUAUCGGGGUUAG